GGGACCUACAGUGUCCAAGGAUUUGAUAUUUAUUUGUUUUUCGUUAUUGAGUAAAGCUUUAAAUAAAGAAGUGAAGUUAAUAAUUCAGGAUACUAAUAAUGAUUUACUUAAAUAUUUUUCAUUAAUAUAGAUUCGGGAAUUUAAAGAAAUACGGCCUAACUAGUUCGUUUCGACAGUCACCAAUAAAAUAUUUCACGCGGUUAAUGCCGAAGAAUUUCUAUAUUUAUCAACAUUAUCUUGUUCUUUUAAGAUAAGGAGUGGUACUACGGAUAAUAAUUCCAAAUAUUAUAUUAUCGUCAGUACGAUUUUGUUUUCAGUAUUAAGUGUAACGGGAAUUCAUACUUUGUAUUUCUUAAUAUAAUAUCAAAAUAUGUAUAACGUUUCACUUUGCGUAUAACAAACAUUUAAUUGAUUAAUCUUACUUUUAAAAAUGACUCUUUAAUGACUAGAAGUGUUUAUAUAAGUGAUCAGAUUUCUUCGAAAGUGUUAUUAUUUUGUGCAAUAAAUAUCAAAGUUUGCACUUUGCAGACAUAAAUCUGGUGAUUAAAAAUGUGAUAUCGUAAAAAAAUGUACCUGUUGAAUUAUGGUAGGCGUGAAGUAAAGUGAAGUGUAAGAGCCACUAUGUCCAACAGUUUGCCACGGUUAAAACGGAGAGAGACAUGGAAGAGGAAGAGUGGGCUGGACACAUGGUUCGGGCGGCCGAAGAAAGCGGGUCCGGGGCUGGAGCGCGGCUACGACACGGUGCCGCGCGCGGAGCCCCGCGCCGAAGACGACGAGCCCGCCGCCGAGUAUACCAGCAAGAUCGACGCGCUGGACGAAGCGCAGCUCGAGAGGCGCUUUGAGGAGAUGCUGACUGAUAUGAACAUCGUGGAGAAGAAGAAAGAACCGCUACGGAAGUACUCAAGAGAUCAGAAAAAGAAAAUGCUAGUCGCCUAUAAAUUCGUUAAUGCUCAGGAAGGUCGCUCAAAAUUCGAAAAGCCGUCCGAUUACGUAUCAUACCUCAACCAGCCCGAGCUCUCGGUGGGCAAGCUACACAGUUGUCUGGAGAACUUGAGGAUAGCACUCACCAACAACCCGCUCUCGUGGAUCGAGGAGUUUGGAGCCAAAGGGAUCGAGAGCUUGUUGACUACCCUCAAUGUUUGUUAUAUCAAUGACUCCCGCUAUGAUCGCGUACAAUACGAGUGUAUCAGAUGUCUGUCCGCGAUACUCAACAACACGGUCGGCAUCCGAGCGGUGUUCGAGUGCAGAGAAGCGUUGCCGGUUCUAGCCAGAAGCCUUGACGCUAGGAAACCGCACUGCGCGUUGGAGGCUGCCAAGGUGCUUGCAGCAAUAUGUCUCAUACCGAACGGCCACGAGAAAGUGUUGGAAGCGAUCACAAUGGCGGGCGAAUCGAGUCGGAAGGCGAGAUUACUUCCCAUCAUCGAGUGUCUGGAAGCUAAGGCGCCGGAGAGUUUGAAGAAUGGUGCUAUGCAACUGAUGAACGCGAUAACCACGGAACCUGAAGAAUUGGAGUUUCGAAUGCACCUCCGGAGUGAAUUCAUGAGGACGGGCCUUUGUGAUUUAUUAGAUGAGUUGCGAGCGGGUGCGGAGGACAGUGGCCGACAAAUUCAAAUUAACGUAUUCGAUAGCCACGCGGCGGCCGAUCAAGAUGAAUACUUAGCCAAAUUUGAUGACGUCAGAGUGGAUUUCAACGACGUGAACGAAUGCUUCGAGCUAGUGAAGAACCUAGUGGUGGAAACGCCGGCCGAGCCGUAUCUACUGUCGAUAUUGCAGCAUUUGUUGUUCAUACGAGACGAUGAGGAAAUUAGGCCAGCGUACUACAAAUUGGUAGAGGAAUGCAUAACACAGAUAGUUUUGCACAAAAACGGAUACGACCCCGACUUUAGACUGACGCAGCGUUUCAACAUCGAUGUACAGCCGCUAAUUGAGGGGUUAAUAGAAAAAUCACGCGCCGAAGAAGAGAGGAAGGUGGAUGAAUUGAAAAGUAAACUAGAAGCCGCUAUCGCAGCGAGGCAGGAAGCUGAAGCCCGGGCUGCGCAUCUUGAGGACCGGUUGAAGCAAGCCAGCGCGCCCACCGGCCCGGGUGGUGUCACGCAAGGGAAUAUAGCCGCUAUUGCUAAGUCUAUAGGAAGCCCUGGCGGACCACCACCGCCGCCGCCCCCACCAAUGCCUGGAGGAGGAGGGGGCCCUCCCCCGCCGCCCCCGCCACCUAUGAUGCCAGGUGGGGGUCUACCACCCCCUCCGCCGCCUAUGCCAGGAGGCCCUGGGGCCCCGCCGCCACCGCCCAUGCCGGGCAUGGGCCCCCCGCCACCACCACCUAUGAUGGGCAUGGGGCCUCGACCACCCCCGCCGCCAGGCAUGAUGGGCCCCAUGGCGCCCAGGAUGCCCCAACCAGAUAUCCUACCGUACGGGCUGAAACCGAAGAAGAAGUGGGAAGUGGAAGGUCCACUCAAACGUGCCAACUGGAAAACCAUCGUGCCACAGAAGAUGUCAGAAAAAGCUUUCUGGGUCACGGUACAAGAGGACAAGCUCGCGUCUCCUGACAUACUCACAGGCCUAGCAGCGAGGUUCUCGAGUAAACCGGUCGCUAAGAGGAAUGAAGACAAUGUCGAUAGGGUUCAUACAUUAAAAAAAGUAAAAGACCUCAAAGUCCUAGACAGCAAGGCUGCGCAGAAUCUAUCUAUCCUCCUAGGCGGCUCACUCAAACACAUGUCCUACGAACACAUACGAACAUGUGUGCUACGGUGCGACACCACUGUACUUACUGCUAAUGUACUAGAUUUAUUGAUACAGUACCUCCCGCCAGCGGAUCAACUGAAGAAGCUAGCGGAUCUCAAAUGCAAGAGCGAAGAGUUGACGGAAGCGGAACAGUUCGCGGCCACCGUCGCGGACGUCAAGCGCCUCAUCCCUCGGUUAAGGAGUCUAGCCUUCCGGGAGCACUAUAGCGAGAUCAUUUCCGAACUUAAACCGGAUAUAGUUUCUGGUACGGCGGCGUGUGAAGAAGUGAAAUCGAGUCGAAAGUUCGCGAAGAUCCUAGAACUGUUACUACUGCUGGGCAACUAUAUGAAUACUGGCUCCAAUAACGCGGGGGCGUAUGGUUUCGAAAUUAGUUUCCUCACAAAGUUAACGUCAACGAAAGAUCUGGAAAACAAACAAACCCUGUUGCACUAUUUAGUAGAUACGAUAGAGGGCAAAUUCCCGGACGCUCUCUCGUUCGCCGACGAGAUGCCACAUGUAGACAGAGCAGCCCGCGUGUCGAUGGAGAAUCUGCAAAAAGCGCUGAAGAAGAUGGACAACGACAUCAAGGCUCUGGAGACGGACCUCAACAACUCACGCGUGCCGCAGAGCCCUGACGAUCUGUUCCACGAGACUAUGAAUAAUUUCGCCAAAGAGGCGCGCGAGCAAUGCGACCUCCUUCACUCGAUGUUCAGGAAAAUGGAGGCGCUGUACGGCGAGCUGGCCGUGUACUACGUGUUCGACCCUCACAAGUAUACCCUGGAGGAGUUCUUUUCAGAUAUUAAGACAUUCAAAGACGCUUUUGCGACCGCUCAUCAAGAGAACGUGGUGGCGCGGGAGACGGAGGAGCGAGCGAGGCGGGCGCGGGAAGCGCGCGCGGCGGCCGAGCGCGAGAGGCGAGACCGACAACAUCGGUACAAGCAGUUUGUGGACAUGGAGCAGGCGCAGGACGGUGUUAUGGACAGUUUGAUGGAGGCCCUACAAAGCGGUUCAGCAUUCAGUCGAGAACGGCCGAGAAAAAAGGCUAACCCGAGAGUGGCAGGAGCUGAACGAAGAGCACAGCUGAACCGGUCUCGGUCGCGGUCGGGGCUGACCGGACCCCUCACAACUCGGGAACUGACCAAUGAGUUGCUGAGUAACGCGUGAUGGCUUUAACAGUGAUACUAGUGCGAUAUACUUUAGUUUAUAAGUUAUUAUAGUAUACAUUACACGAGACAAAACAUACGGCCUAAUUUGUGAACUGUAUGUACGAGUAUGUAUAGACUCUACGAGUAUAUGUACAGGGCGUUUUUAUAUGAGGUGUGUUUGAUAAAAUAUCAUCGUUUUAUAUACAAUGAAAAUGAAAAUAUAAUCAUCGACAUUGAAAAGACUGCAUCGAGUAAUUCCCCCAAUUUUUGCCCCAAUUAUGUCUUCCAACACAUUGCUAAUAUUAUAAUUAAAUAAAUGACGA